AGGAUUGCUCGGGAUGUCGGCGCGGGUGGUGAGCGACUCGCAUGAGGCGUGAAUCGUCCUAUGAAUGUAGGGAUGUAAUUGAUUACCAAACCAGUCCUUUCACUGGUAAAAUUUUACAGCAAUGGAGAUGAUCAAGUGUGAUAAUGUUUGAUGUUUGUUUCUUGAGGCAAUAUGAUAUUGGAGGGGCAAAUAGGUAAUACUUGAAUAUUAAAUUUAUCAACUCUCUACGAUAGCAUUACAAUACAUAAGAUACCUAAGACGACGCCAGCAUGCUAUCGGCUACAUUAGUGGUCGUUGCCUUGGCGAGUGCUUUGUUGGCGGCAUGGUUGAAGGAGAGGAUAUCAUCGAGAAGACGGUUUAAGGGGUUACCGCGCAUUGGAAUUGAUCCGGGCCUAUUUGGUCUGCGGCUCCAGGCUGCUAAGGACGAGUUUUAUAAGCGCGGACAACAGUUACUAGAGCAAGGUUAUGAACAGUACAAGGACACUCCAUAUACCAUCCAAACAUGCGACAACGAGCGCCUCGUAGUCCCAGACAAGUUUAUCGAGGAGCUAAAGAACCUUCCGGACAACCGGAUUAGUUUCAAAGAAGAACUCCUGGAUAGAUUUAUGGGGAAAUACACCAAGCUCGAUGCAGUUCGAGGAACAACUAUUCAUCGGGACAUUGUCAGGCAUCAAUUGACCAAAAACAUAGGACAUUUGCUACCGCAGAUGAAAGAAGAGGCAGAGCUAGCUCUCAAAAAUGUUCUUAGCCAAUGCAAUUCAAAAGAUUUUACUCCUAUAAAAGCAUCGUCUCUCAUCUUCGCCGCAAUCGGCCAAAUGACUUCCCGCAGGGUUACUGAUGACCCCGCCAUAUCGCGAGACCCGGUAUGGCUCGAGACAAUCAUGGGCUUCACCGCGUCCGUGGCCAUCUUCUCCAUGACAAUGAGACGCAUCUCGCCUACGCUCCGUCCCAUAGCACAGUACACCCUGCAAUGUGGUCGGAAGCUUCGCGCCGAUAUUGCUCAAGUGACGAAGUUCCUGACUCCCGUGAUUCAGGCUCGACAGCAACAAAGUAGUGGGGGGGAGAAGGGUGACAAACUCGAUGAUCAACCAAAAGAUUUCGUCCGUUGGCUCUCCGAGGCCGCUGAGGGUCAAGACGCCCGACCCGACGCCAUCGCCCUGAAGAUUCUGUUUCUUAUCGUUUCGUCCAUGCACACGAGCGCCAUCACCGCAAUCCACAUCCUCUACGAUAUCUGCGCUCACCCGGAGUUCAUGGAGGAGCUGCGUGCCGAAGCGAUCGAGGAGAUCGGUGCCAACGGCUGGACGGAGACUUCGCUGCUCAGGCUGCGCAAGAUGGAGAGCUUCCUCAAGGAGAGCGGUCGGACCAACUCUGCUGGUGUGGUCUCUUUCCAACGCCUUGUUCUAAACCCCAUCCGUCUGUCCAACGGGUUUACCAUCCCGGCGGGCACGCAUAUUUGCGCCGCAUCUGAUGCGCGGUCGCGCGAUCCCGCACUCUACGAGGCGCCUCUUGAAUUCAGGCCGCUGCGGUUCUAUGCACCACCCGGUAAGGCCAACGCGGAGAUUGACACUGCAAAUCUGUUCAGCUCCGUGGCGGCGGGAGACUCCUGGUUCGGAGCGGGGCGACAAGCUUGUCCGGGACGGUGGUAUGCGAGCGCGCAGAUCAAGCUCGUAUUAUGUUUGCUGCUAAUCAACUAUGAGUUCAAGUUUCCAGAAGGACAAAAAGAGAGGCCGAAGAAUUGGGUCAAGGACGAGAAGACGGGUCCGGAUAUGGAGCAGAUGAUCUGGGUAAGACAGAGGACGGCUGCUUGAGAUAGCACCUCUAGGUAUGGGUAGGUAGGCGAGAUACCAACUGUUUGAAAAUAUAAAGUUGUUAGAUUUAUACAAACCU